AUGCGCCUUGGAAUGCGUCAAAUCGAAGCGGAAAAACGCGGGAAGCAGAAGAACUUCCGCCAAUGCUACAUUGGCCUUAAGGUCACCUCAGUGCCCUGCCGUAGCGAUGGUACAGUGAGCAGCCGAUACACGCCAAGGACAAAUCACCACCCUUUCGAUACUGCAAUCCCUCAGGCCGGCGAAAACUUCUUCGAAGAUAUGCUCGUCAACCCGUCGGAGGAGCUCAAUCCGACCGGCGAAUGUGGCGCGAGCGCAUUCACGUUCACAGACCACACAGAGGUUGAUAGCAGCCGUGUGAACCUCGGGGAAGGCGGAGCCAACUUCCUUCGGUUUGCGCAACUUAUCGCACAAAAAAGAGGAAAAGCAGCUAGUAAGGCUCCAUCUCGUCCCUCUCAGAGCAACACCCCUCUAUCCCUCGGACAAAACCAAGAUACAGCCUUACCUGUUUUUCCCCAUCGGUCACGAAAGCGGCGUAUCGUUAUCGAUGAUGAUGAAGACUACAUGGACGCACUGGAAGAUGAAGAAGAUGUUCUUGGAAGACCGGCGAAACGACACAGGAAAUCUACGAUGACUACGCCCACGGCAUCGGCUGCGAAGGAGAAGACAGGGCAACCUAUGAAAUCCACAUACAGUACGCCUGUGGCACCGGCUGCAAAACCGAAGACUGGAAGGCCGACGAGGAAACGCUCCUAG